AUGUUCAACGCUGCCCUUCGUGCCGUCCGCCCUGUCGUGCGUAGCACGCGCAGGUCAACCCCUUCCACCGCUCUCCGCGCUCUUUCCACCACCACUCCCCGUUUUUCGGGCCCCGCUCCUCCUUCACUCUUCGGAGAGGGUGCCAAGGCCGGUGAAAUUCCUUCCGACGAGCAGCAAGCGACUGGUCUGGAGCGUUUCCAGCUUCUUGGGGAGAUGCAGGGUGUUGAAGCGUUUGACUUGGAGCCUCUUGACUCGAGUCGUGUGGGCACCCUUGAAGACCCGAUUAAAGUCUUUUCAUUGGACACGUCUCGUAUUGUUGGAUGCACUGGUUCGCCAGCCGAAAGCCAUGAGUUGCAUUGGUUUACUGUUAAGAAGGAGAAAAACCGCCGUUGCCCUGAAUGCGGCUCUGUCUAUGUACUUGAUUUCCAGGGCGUGGAACACCAUGAUGCUCACCACCAUUAG